CAAACAGCACACUGACGUCUGAGGCUAGUUCAUUUUCUUUAAAUAUCGGGUCAGUUUGGAAAAUAAACUCCAGCAACUCAAGUUAAAAACAGUUUGUUCUUUUAACUUCCUUUACUUACAGUCAGGCCAACAAGGAUAAAGAAGAGAUGGACAUCAGUUCAUCGAACAUGAUCACACUUAAUCCAACAACCAACAGAAAAAGGUUGGACCAGAAGCAGGAGACAAUUUGCAUUUUUGGCACUGGGGACUUUGGCCGAUCUUUGGGUAUAAGGCUACUCAAGUCAGGUCACCAAGUGGUAUUUGGCAGUCGAAACCCACAGAAUUCCACCUUGCUGCCAAGUGGAGCUCAAGUCCUUACCCACGCCGAUGCCUUGAAAGAAUCCAAUAUCAUUUUCCUGGCGGUUCACAGGGAGAACUAUGAUUUCCUCCUGGCUCUGUCCAAUUUGCUUGAUGGAAAAGUGCUGGUGGAUGUGAGCAACAACCUCAGAAUUAAUCAAUACCCAGAGUCCAAUGCACAGUAUCUAUCUCAGCUGCUCCCCAAAGCUAUUGUGGUGAAGGGGUUUAACACAGUUUCUGCCUGGGCCCUCCAGUCAGGCAGUCUGGAUGCUAACAGUCAGGUUUUUAUCUGUGGUGAUGACAAUAAAUCCAAACAGCAGGUGAUGGAUAUUGCCAGGUGGUUAGGCCUCACUCCUUUAGACCAGGGAUCUCUCCUAGCAGCUGAAGAAGUCGAGAACUAUCCGCUACAGCUCUUUCCAAUGUGGAGAUUCCCAUUUAUUAUAUCAGCUGGCCUCACUGUGUUCUUCUUCUUAUACUCUGUGCUGAUUAAAAUCAUCUAUCCUUAUGUACAAAAGAAUGAAAAUAACUCCUAUCAGUUGAUGGUUUCCAUACCCAAUAAGAUUUUUCCAUCUGUCUCUCUCAUUCUGCUUGGGUUGGUUUACCUGCCAGGUGUGAUUGCUGCAUUCCUCCAGCUCUACCGAGGGACCAAAUACAAGAGAUUCCCUGACUGGCUUGACAAGUGGAUGCUGUGUCGAAAACAACUUGGACUCGUGUCCUUUGCCUAUGGCUUCCUUCAUGUGUUCUAUUCAUUGAUCAUUCCACUUAGGUACUCAACUUAUUUGAAAAAUGCUCGAUAUAUUAUUGCACAGACGAAAAAGAACUCAACCACAGACGUAGCGAUGGUCUGGAUUUGGCGAAGUGAUGCGUUUUACGCAUCUGGAGUCUUGGGAUUUUCAGUCUUCUGUUUGCUCGGAAUAACCUCCCUAUCCUCUGUGAGCAACGCAAUGAACUGGAGAGAAUUCAGAUUUGUUCAGUCAAAACUCGGCCACGUCACAGUGUUGCUGUGCACAGUACACACUGCUUUACUGGGCUGGAAUAAAUUUUUAAUGCUCUCGCGUUAUAAAUGGGGUCUUCCGCCAAGUUACCUCCUGUCCAUGAUGAUCCCAUGCAUUGUGCUUGCUCUAAAGCUGAUCCUCAUAAUGCCAUGUGUAGACAGAAUGGUCACAAGAAUACGACAAGGUUGGGAAAGAAAAGAAAAAUGCUCAGGCAAUCUCAAUAUUUGACCCAAAUAUUGCACCAGAAUAAUAUGUUUUGUAAAUACAUUAUAUAUUUUUCAAGCAGUGCAAUCAGAUAUUUCAAAACUCUUGCAACAAUGGCAUAUAUGACAAUACAGUGUUUGGAUAUGUGAAUCAUUAACCUGGCUUUUCCUUGAGAUUAGCCUGUUCCAACUAUUCCAUGCCCUCGUUCUCCCAAAUAUAUCAAUGUCCAUUCCAAAAAGAUGACUUCACUGGCCCAGGUAGUCUGGGAUUCAAGGUAGGCCCUCAAAUGACAUGAUAGAAUAAUGUAAGCACGCCAAAACUAACCCUGGUCAUGAAGCUUUUGAACAGGCACGUGGAUAUGCAGAAAAUUGGGGGUUAUAGAUCACAUGCAGGCAGAGGAGAUUAGUUUAACUUGGCAACAUGCUCAGUCUCAAUAAAAGUAUUCUCCACAGCUCAAUGCAAUGCAGUUAAGAAUGGACUUAGUGGCAGUUAGUGGCCACAGUUCGAAGGUCGAAGGUCGAAGUGAGCACCAGCCACAUAUUUAAACUAUACAUUGAAUGAAGAAAAUAAUAAAUUUGCUGUAACAUGUAUUAAACAUAAGCAUUAUUGCAUUAAAUACAAAUCCAAUGUACAAUAUGCAUUUAAAAUAAAGUUUUUCACAUAAUUCUCCACUGAAAACGUUAUGUAGAAAAGUAGGAAUUGUUGGAUAAUUAAAGAUAACAGAUCAUCAGCUUUGCCUUCUAACAUUUUACGUUGAGUGACUUUGUUGCUCCACACAGCCCUACACCAAUCCCCAAUGCAUUUCACCCCAUUUGGCCUGCCCCACCUCCAGUUUAAAUUCCAUUUGGAAUAUUUUGGAGGACCAAGAACCCAAGUAACCAAGAAACCCUCACAAUACUUUUCAAAUACCAAUUCUUUUAGAUGAGAUCUCAGUUGUACUGCAAUGUCUGGAUCAUCAGGAAGAAUAUUUCCUUCUUAAGCAUUUAAAAAAUAUAUAUAUAUAUACUUUACUGACAUUGUCACUGACACUGUCACUGACACUGACAUUGUCACUGACACUGUGCACUGAAAGAUAAAAGAUAAAAUAUAAAAUAAAUAUAUCUAGGUAAUAUCAAAGAUCCAAAAUAGUAUGAAAAUGAUUUAAUAUAAUCUUUAGUAGUUUGCAAACACAAUUUGCCAUGGACCUUUGCUCAAUAUUGUCUCAAUAGAAGUUCUGUAUUCUCCACAGCUCAAUGUAAUGCAGUUAAGAAUGGACUGAGUGGCAGUUAGUGGCUAAAGGUCUAAGGUCGAAGUGAGCACCAGCCACUGAUUAAAACUAUACAUUAAAUGAAAAAAAUAAUAAAAUUGCUGUAACAUGUAUUAAACAUAAGCAUUAUUGCAUUAAAUACCCAUCCAAUGUACAAUAUGCAUUUAAAAUAAAGUUUUUCACUUAGAA